AUAUGUGCUGACCAUUUUAUUCUCAUCAUAAUAUAUACUUUUGAACAUUAACAACUUAUUUGCGAGUGCUGUUUUAUUGAUACCAAUUGUAUGGGUAUAGUUCAGCAAAGCGUUCUGCCCUACACUUUGAUGCUUAUAAAUCUUUUUGCCUCCUCUAUCCUCUAGAUUGAUGGAAAAGCUGCUUUGCUAGGAUUUGUGCGGGCCCCAUGGACAAUUGCAACUUACAUUGUUGAAGGGGGGAUGACCAACACAUACACAAAUAUAAAGAACAUGUGCCAUACAGCUCCCGAUGUCUUGAGGUGUCUUCUAUCUCAUCUUGCAGAAGCGAUAUCUGACUAUAUCAUUUACCAAGUUAACUCCGGGGCCUAGUGUAUACAGAUAUUUGAUUCAUGGGGUGGACAACUUCCACCUCAUGUGUGGGAGCAGUGGUCAAAACCAUAUAUCAAAAAGGUGACUUCCUUACUUUUCUUGCUUUCAUGUAUUACCAACUUCAUGAUUGGCGGUGCUGCUAUGUAUCUGCACUGUCUUAUAGAACAACAUUGAUGGCUCCCACUAAAUGCUCUAAAGGUCAGUAUCUCCUAAGAGAUACCCUUGUUCUUAUACCGAAAUGAUUCUCAUAUGAUUAAUUGCAUUAACCCCCUACAAUUUCUGGUACCGCAUUGCAAGAAUUGUUAUGGUUAUGACCACAAGUUCCUUAUAACCACGAAAGUGAAAUUUAGAGAGAGAAAACCAAUCUCUCAAAAUAAUCAGUAGCUGGUGCUUACAUCAGCAGCAUGUUCUCAGUGCACAUGGAUUUGGAAUUUUUUAUACUGUAUGUUACUGUAAUUUGGUUUGCAUAUCUUCAAGACUGCAACUAGCACAGUGUAUAAAACUGCUUUACUUGGUCAUAAUGGUAACUUCCACAACUUUGGUGUAUUUAGAGAGAGUGCCCAGAAUUUCAUCUUGACCUUGAAAAAUGUGCAAAAUAUCAUAUAGCUUGUAGACUAUUAUUUAGAGCUCAAUUAAAAGAUUUCAUGCAAGGUUUUGAUUUACUGAUUCUGUUCAUUAAGCUUUUAUAUUUCUUCGACAGAUUGUGAAUAGGAUUAAGAAAGAGUGCCCUCAUGUACCCCUUAUGUUGUAUAUAAAUGGAAAUGGAGGUUUACUUGAGCGCAUGAAGGACACAAGAGUUGAUGUUAUUGGCCUUGACUGGACAGUGGACAUGGCUGAUGGAAGGAAGCGCCUUGGUAAUGGAAUCAGUGUACAAGGGAAUGUGGAUCCAGCAUUUCUGUUCUCACCAUUACCAGUACUGACUGAUGAAAUUCGUAGGGUUGUGAAAGCAGCUGGUACAAAAGGUCAUAUACUUAACUUGGGCCACGGUGUACUUCAGAAAACACCCGAAGAAGCUGUAGCACAUUUCUUUGAUGUCACAAGGAGCUUGAGAUAUGACACCCAUUUCCAAGGUUCUGUUGCUGAAGAAUUGCAGCCUGUUGCUUGAUUCGUAGUGUUGUCUGCAUUCUACCUUUUUAAGACAUACUCAUUAUUGAAGCCUGGAUAUGUCCUGUGGAGAUAUCGGCAGCAAAUUAAAUGUAAUUUUAUUCAUUGUUUAUCUGUUAGUUUUAUUCAUUGUUUA